CCCUCCUGCUCUCUUCCGGUAGUUGCUUCUAGUCGCUGUUACCCGGCGUCCGCGCGUGCGCAGCAGAGAAAUGCAGCCCUAUUCCUGUGACACAUUUGUGGCAUUACCUCCAGCAACAGUUGGAAAUAGGGUUAUUUUUGGAAAAAAUUCAGACAGACUGUUUGAUGAAGUACAAGAAGUAAUUUACUUUCCAGCUGCGGUUCAUAGUGAUCUGGAAAAACGUCUCAAGUGUACUUAUAUAGAAGUCGAUCAGGUUCCUGAAACAUAUGCUGUUGUUCUUAGUCGCCCAGCUUGGCUGUGGGGGGCAGAAAUGGGUGCCAAUGAGCAUGGAGUCUGCAUUGGGAAUGAGGCUAUCUGGGGAAGAGAAGAUAUUUCUAAGGAGGAGGCACUUCUGGGCAUGGACCUUGUCAGGCUCGGCCUUGAAAGAGCUGAUACAGCUGAAAAAGCUCUCAAUGUCAUUGUUGACUUAUUAGGAAAAUAUGGCCAAGGUGGAAACUGUGCAGAGGGUGAAGAAUUCAGCUAUUAUAACAGUUUCCUGAUAGCUGACAGGAAUGAAGCCUGGAUUCUGGAGACUUCAGGGAAGUUCUGGGCAGCAGAGAAAGUCCAAGGAGUUCGUAAUAUUUCCAAUCAGUUUUCCAUAACAACCAAGAUUGACCGGGAGCAUCCAGACAUGAGGAACUAUGCUAAGCAGAGGGGCUGGUGGGAUGGCAAAGAGGAGUUCGAUUUUGCUGCAGCGUAUUCUUACACUGACACGGCCACGAUGAUGACUUCACCAAGCAGAUACUGCCAGGGCUACAAGCUUCUGGAUAAACACAAAGGAAACAUAACUUAUGAAACGAUGGUGGAAAUUCUUCGCGACAGACCCAGUGGCAUCAACAUGAAGGGAGAAUUCCUGACCACCGCAAGCAUGGUUUCCAUUUUACCUCAGGAUCCCAGCCUUCCCUGCAUUCACCUCCUUACAGGGACUCCACACCCUGAGAGGUCUGUUUUUAAGCCUUUCAUAUUUGUACCACAUGUUUCACCACUGUUGGAUACGAAAUCACCAACAUUUGAACUUGAGAGGCCCGUGGCAAAGAAGCCAUAUGUCAAGCCUGACAGAAGACACCUACUCUACCAAAACCAUCAACAGGCCUUGGAAAUGAUAAGUAACCAUAAGCUGAGACUCGAGGCCUUCUGGUCCUGGUCCUGUUCUCCUUGGCAAUACUUGCAGGAGCCCCUGUCUGGUGCCCUGGUCCACCUCCACACACCUCACUGCUCAUGGCAACACUCAAGUGCUCAUAGCCUUUGCCCUAGAGACUGCUCCAAGGAGGAAAAAGGCAAGACAAUACUGGACAACGUGAGGAAGCUGGAAAAAGAAGUGUUUGAAGAGAUAGAAUCAAUCCUCCAAAACAGUCAUCUUGACAUGGAUAAAACUGUUAAUCUCUUUCCUCAAUAUGUAAGAGAUGAAAUUAAAAUUUAUCAGUCAAAUAUUAGUUCUUAAUGAUCAUUUAAGUGGCCAGAAACCUUCCUCACUGCCCUGGAUAUGAUACUUCUUUAAGGAGACCUGAUUGUUUCCUCAGUAUCCUGUGGUAUUCUGGCUGCUAAGACCACAGUAUUAGCUUCGGUUGGAUAAAGCCUGAAACAUAAGCAUGACGCAUGGCUGUGCUAUCAUUAUGUGUUAUAAAGAAAACUCAGGGUUUUUCCUAAGCAAUGGACAGUAUGUCAAGUGCAUUUUUUGUGCUUUAGGCAAAUAUUGACCAGCUUCAACAGAUGUCCAGAUUUACGCUGUUUGACACUGCCACACAGUCUGCAGAAGCCCUUUCAUUAAACUCAAAAGUGACCUUUGUCAAGACUUGGCUGAGUGGCAAACUUACAUCUCUAACUGUUUGGCUUUUUCUCUCCCUCAUCCCCUCAGUAGCCAUCAGUCUGUUUGUUAUCUGGGUCGUUGUAUCUUGCUGGGUCGUUGUAGGUCUGUUGGGACUGGCUUCUUCAGCACACAGCUCUCGCCAUGCCUCUCUAUGCCACGGCUGCCCUUCCUUCUUAACUCGAACAGCACUUUCAGAUGGCUGUGUCACCACUGAAGAGCCUCCUGGGUGCUUCCAAAUUUUGGCAAUUGUGAGUAAACAUCCAUGUGCAAGUUGCUGUGCAGUUCUAAGCAUUCGACCCGUUUUGGGUGGAACUGAGGUAUUGCAGACCGGAUGGUGUGAGUGAGAAACUGCCACGCUCUUCUACACCCUGCAGCGGCACUGUUCCGUGUCCUGGUCAGUAUGUUGGGAUUUGGUCGUUCCGAGUGCAGCUUCUCACCUAUGUAGGUGACAGGGAUAGAGGCGAUGGCUUUGCACUUUGUUUUUCAGUGAAUCUGUAACUCCAAUCGGCAUAAGACGCUGAGGUUUUCUCCAUUUUCCAUCUGUUCACCUUCUCUGAUGAGCUGUGGAGAUCUUGGCCCAUUCUUUAAUCAGGUUUUUAUUUAUUUAUCUUACUAAGGAGCCUAAACUUUUUUCUUUAAUUUAAAACUUUUAUUUUAUUGUGUAUGAGUGUUUUGCCUCCAUGUACAAAGCACAUGCCUGGUGCCCUCAGAACGUGUGAACUCCUCUUGUACUGGAGUUACAGAUGGCUGUGAGCCAUCAUGUGGGUGCCAGGCACCAAACCUAG